UUGAUUUGCCUCCUUUGUUUCUUCAAUGGGCGCCAAUGUGAAAACCUUAACCAAGAAAAUCUACACCCACCUUAAACUCAACAGCCUAUCCAAAGCAGUUUCCACUUUGUUUGAAUCUCUGGUUCCAGUUGACAACUCUUUAUACGCUUCUCUCUUCAAACUGUGUGCUGAAAGACGUGCUAUAAUCGAAACCCGUAAACUCGAAUCUCAUCUAUUGACCUUCACUCUAACACCACCAAUCUUUUUACUCAACAGGGCGAUCGAAGCCUACGGUAAAUGCGCAUGUUUGGAUGAUGCACGUGAGUUGUUCGACGAAAUGCCUCAUAGGGAUGGUGGGUCUUGGAAUGCUCUGAUUUCAGCGUAUGCGCUUAAUGGGUUUGCGGCUGAAGCGUUGAGGGUGUUUUUGGAUAUGAAGGAAGAUGGGUUUUCGUGGAAUGAAGUUAGUUUUGCUAGUGUUUUGAAGUGUUGUGCUUCACUUUUGGAAAUUCGGUUUGGCAUGGGAAUACAUGGGGUGGUUGUGAAGUCUGGGUAUUCGGGUAAUGUGAUUAUCGCGAGUUCUAUCAUAGAUGUUUAUGGGAAGGGCGGGUUUUUGAGCGAGGCAAGGAGAAUGUUUGAUGAUAUUGUUAACCCGAACGAGGUAUCGUGGAAUGUAAUUAUUAGGAGGCAUUAUGACAUGUGCGAAGAGGAGAAGGCGGUUGGUUUGUUUUUUGAAAUGGUUAAGCGGAAUGAGGUUAUGCCGUUAAGCUUUACGGUAUCGAAUGCUCUUCGUGCUUGCUCGAGGAUUUCUGCAUUUGAUGCGGGGUUACAAAUUCAUGCUUUUGCCAUCAAAAUAAAUGUUGUAGACACUUUGGUAGUUUCGGGAUCUCUCAUUGAUAUGUAUUCAAAAUAUGGAGAUUUACAAAGUGCUCACAAUGUCUUUAACCAACCGAAUGCUAAAGAUUUAGUUAACUGGACUUCAAUCGUCACCGCGUACGCAAUGAAUGGAAGAACCAAAGAGGCAAGAGAACUCUUCAACGAGAUGCCUGAGAGAAACAUCGUUUCAUAUAACGCGAUGCUGGCGGGCUACACACAGAAUCGAAAAUGGGAAGAGGCCUUAGAAAUUAUCCAUCUGAUUUCCAAAGCAAACAUCCAUAUCGACCAUGUUACAAUCCCGUUAAUUUUGACCGUUUGUGCGGGUCUUUUAGACAUUGAAUUGGGGAAAAAGGUUCAUGGUUAUGUCUACAGGCGUCAUCUCAACUCUGAUAUAUUUGUUGGAAAUGGUCUUCUUAAUAUGUACGGAAAAUGUGGAGACUUGAGAAGUUGCAGAGCUUGGUUUUAUCAAAUGAGCCGUUUACGAGAUGCUGUAUCUUGGAAUUCAAUAUUAACAAGUCAUGCUCGUCACAAACGGAGUGAGGAAGUGAUGAUGGUCAUCUGGAAGAUGCUGGAAGAGACUCCACCGAACAAACACACUCUUGCAACUAUUUUAGCUGCUUGUGCAAAUAUUUUUGCACUCGAUGCAACUAAACAGAUUCAUGGAUUUUUGGUCAGGAACGGUUAUGAUAUAGACAUUGUUAUGAAAGGAGCCAUUAUUGAUGCGUACUCCAAAUGCCGUUGUCUCAUGUACGCACUCACGGUUUUUAAAGCAACUACUCCACGUGAUUUGAUUCUUUAUAACUCUAUGAUUUUGGGAUGUUGUCAUAAUCUAAGGGGUGAUGUGGCUAUCGAUGUUUUUGAUAUGCUGAAGAGUGAAGGGUUAAAACCGGAUAAUACGACAUUUCAAGGAGUCUUGCUUGCUUGCAUAUGUGAGGGUCGUGUUGAAUUGGGUAGGGCGUAUUUUGAAGUAAUGAAUAAAGAGUAUUGUGUUAUUCCGCGUUUGGAACAUUAUGAGUCCAUGAUAGAACUCUAUGCUAGGUAUGGGUACAUUGGCGAACUUGAGAACUUUGUUAAGCAAAUGCCGUUUGACCCAACUGCAUCUAUGUUGAUUAGAGUUUUUGAUGCAUGUCUUGAUUAUAAACAUGAGAGGUUUGGGAAAUGGGCAGCUGAUCGUCUUAAUGAUUUGAAUCCAUCAGUCCCGUUUAGAUUUGAACUCAUGGAUCACAGAAGAAUGGCUUGAAGGAUCAGUGAGCUGUUUGGUUCAACGCCUGAUUCUCAGAAUAUCCUGUUGAACGAGUGUUUGGAGGUGAUUAUGAUUCUCAGAACAUCUGAUUCUGUGGUUUUGGGUCACAACAAAGCGAACCGGCCGGGUUGGGUGACGGUUUAACGGUUCGGUUUUGAUGGUUUGGCGAUUUAAACCGUUUUCUUAGUUUUGUUCAAAAUCAUAAGUUUGUAUUAAAAAUUUUAAAAUGAGAAAAAUGGUUAACGGUUAAUGGUUAGACGGCCAGUUCCAAGUUCCAAACUUAACUGUAAAAACCAUCAGACUGCCAAAACCGAACCAUUUGGGAUCUCAAAACGGCCGACUUUCUUUCAGUUUGGACUGUUCGGUCGGUUACAACGGCUUAUGAACACCCCUACUUCGCAAGUGCACAUUUUUAUCCGCCAAUGCCCAAUAUUUGUCCAAUAUCCGUGGGCUCUUUAGUUUGAUUGCAAUAGAGAUGAACAAUAGUUGAUUUGAUCAUAUUCUCUGUAACUUGUGUGCGUUUCAUAUUAGAAUUUUGAAAAUGAGCCUUUGUACCAGUGGCAUAACAGGAUUAAAAUGUUUUCGUUUUGUUUUUGA